CUCUCAUUUCUCUUUUGCACUUCAUCAUUUCCUCCACGAUAACAGGACUGGACUGGACAGGCAGAUUCGAUUCCGACCCCUGCCACCUGCAACGUCCUAUCCCCGCUGGCGGUUCAAGCCGAGCCCCCCAAACCAACGUCACUCGCUCAUUCAUACCCUUAUCCGUCACUGGGUCAGUGGAGGAUCAUCCUUUACUAUCCCACUCGGGCAGAGUGUGAAACACAGAGACCGUUGCUCUCGAGCACGCCAAGCUGGACCCUCCAACUCCUUGGUCCUUGGAUUUAUCGGAGUAAACGGAUCUGCCAAGACAAGGACAAGGGUUUUGGCCAUUCAUUCGCAGACUGGGACGCGCAUAUCGAGCAGCCGAGCCACAGACCAGACGCAGCUGUUAGCCACCUACAGACUUGCUCGUUCGCUCGCUCUCUCGCUCCCUCGCAUCUUGAGUUGGAGCUUUGAAACCGACCAAAAUCUUUUUUUCUUGUCCAACCUUUUUUUUGUUCUCUCCUCUUUGUCUACUGUGCAUUCGUUUCACAGUAUCAUUCGUUGACGCAUUUAUAACCGCUUCUCCUGCGUCUGUGCAUCUUCGCAUAACGUCACUCAAGCCUCGCAAACAUUGGACCUCUCGCCCGCCCGCGGUUCCUUGGUCUCUGGUGGGAACCGAAACCCGGGGCAACCACCAGCGCAACAGCAAUAGUCAAUCAACCAUAAAUCAUCCUUUGCGCAACUGUAACCGCGCUCAAAAACAGACCCAACCAAAUACUUCAAAAUCUUGUGUUUAUAGCGCCUCUUGUGCGCAUAAACAACCGCAAUCAUGUCGUAUAAUCGCCUAGGCAAGUACAGCACCUUAUCCCUUCCCAAUUCUUUGAUCAUCGUCAUCUGCCCCUUUCUCUCCCUCAAUAUGAGACAGUCGAGACAUACCCCUCCCUCUUAAACACCCCUGGUUAGAAUUGCAUUACAUUGCGACUCGGCAUCUGUUCACUCUUUGCUCUUGAUACUCGGCAAACCUGCAAAAGUGGCUAUAAUCUUAUCAUCAUCACCUGCAACAAGCUUUCGUUGUGGUGAUAAGGUUUAUUGCUGCUGCGUCUCUAUGCGCAUCACCGAGGCACCAUUCGCAAGUCUAUUUACCUGCGCCCACUCAAAUUGCUCUUCACACCAGUUGCCAACUCAAACAACAAACAUACUCUUGAACAUAUAAGUCUAACUACGAUUGCCUUCAGACGACGAUUACUAUAACAACGAAAUGGAUCCUCGCUAUGGGGCACAGCCUCAGCAACAUCCACACCCUCACCGGACGCCUUCGCCAGGACAGCCGCUCCAGCAAGGCUACCAGCUCGACGACAAUCCCUUCGACGAUGGCCGAUAUGGACAGUAUGGCCCUUCUCAGCAGCACCUUGCUAUGCCCUCGGGCCCCGACCAGCACCGGUUACCUACUCCAAGCGAUCAUUUGAACCUCAAUGCGGCUCAAUCCGUCGACAAUUUGUCUGGCUACGACCCUCCUGGUGAUUACGCCGUAAACCCUGAAGCGCAUCACGAUGCCUACUACAACCAACCUUACGAGCCUCGUCCUCAGCAGCAACCCUACGAUCAGGGUUAUGACCAAGAGUACGACCAACCCUACGACGAUCACAGGCCUAUGCUGCAACACCAACCAUCAGAUGCGCCAAGCGAACCAUACCAAGACCAACCGCAACAAGGUGGUGGAAUUAAGCGCUGGAAAACCGUCAAGCAAGUCCUCUUGUACCGCGGUAACCUGGUUUUGGAUUGUCCUGUUCCUCCAGUUCUGCUGCAACAGAACCCCCAUGGAGAGCGUGAUGAGUUCACACACAUGCGAUAUUCCGCUGCGACUUGCGAUCCCAAUGACUUCUACGACCACGACUUCACACUGCGACAGAGGCUCUUCACAAAGCCCCGCCAUACUGAGCUGUUCAUUGUUGUGACAAUGUAUAACGAGGACGAUAUUUUGUUUGCCCGAACCAUGACCGGUGUUUUCAAGAACAUCGAGUACAUGUGUAACCGUCCCAACAGUAAGACAUGGGGUAAAGACGCGUGGAAGAAGAUCGUCGUCUGUGUCGUCAGUGAUGGUCGUUCCAAGAUCAACCCCAGGACCAAGGCUCUUUUGGCCGGUAUGGGUGUGUACCAAGAGGGUAUCGCCAAGCAGCAGGUCAACGGAAAGGACGUCACAGCCCAUAUUUACGAAUACACCACGCAGACUCACCUUCAGAUCAAGAACGACGUUGUUCAGCUCGUCCACCGACGCCAGCCAGUCCAAAUGCUGUUCUGUUUGAAGGAGAAGAACGCCAAGAAGAUUAAUUCACACAGAUGGUUUUUUACGGCCUUUGGUAGAGUCCUGGACCCUAACAUUUGUGUGCUUCUCGAUGCGGGUACUCGACCCGGUGGAAGCUCAAUUUACCAUCUCUGGAAGGCCUUUGAUCUCGAGCCCAUGUGUGGUGGUGCUUGUGGUGAGAUCAAGGCUAUGUUGGGUACUGGUGGAAAAUACCUUCUGAACCCCCUCGUCGCUGCUCAGAAUUUUGAGUACAAGAUGAGCAACAUUCUCGAUAAACCAUUGGAAUCUGCUUUUGGUUUUAUCUCUGUGUUGCCCGGUGCCUUCUCAGCCUACCGCUAUGUAGCUCUUCAAAACGACAAGAACGGAAAGGGGCCUCUUGAGAAAUACUUCUUGGGUGAGACGCUCCACGGUGGAAGCGAUGCUGGUCUUUUCGAGUCCAACAUGUAUCUCGCCGAAGAUCGUAUUCUUUGCUUCGAGCUGGUCACUAAGCGCAACUGCCAUUGGAUCCUGCAGUACGUCAAGUCAGCUACUGGCGAGACUGAUGUUCCCGAUACGGUUACCGAGCUUGUUCUCCAGCGUCGUCGUUGGCUCAACGGUUCUUUCUUCGCUGCUAUCUACGCUAUUGUUCACUUCCUCGACUUCCUCCGAUCUGAUCACACUUUCUUGCGAAAGUUUGCCUUCUUCAUCGAAUUCAUCUUUAACACUAUUAACAUGAUCUUCGCCUGGUUCGCUAUUGGUAACUUCUUCCUCGUUUUCAAGAUUCUCACAACAAGUUUGGGAGAUGAUACGUUACUUGGGCGGACAGGAGAAAUUCUGGGUGUCGUUUUCACCUGGCUCUACGGUGUAUUCCUGAUUACUUGCUUCGUUUUAUCUCUGGGCAAUCGCCCAGCAGGUUCUGGUAGGCUCUAUACCGCCAUGUGUUGGUUCUGGGCUAUUAUCAUGAUCUAUCUAUUGUUUGCUGCUAUUUUCAUCGCUGUCAAAGCUAUCAUAGCCGACGUCAACGACGCAAACGGCUUUAAUUUUGCAGACAUCUUUAAGAACAAGGUCUUUUACAUGCUCAUCAUCUCAGUCAUGUCGACAUUUGGUAUCUGGUUGAUCGCUUCGCUGAUCAUGCUGGAUCCCUGGCACAUGGCUACCUCUUUGGUCCAGUACAUGCUUCUCACGCCCACCUUUACAAAUGUUCUGAACGUCUACGCCUUCUGCAACACCCACGAUGUUUCUUGGGGUACCAAGGGUGACGACAAGGUUGAGAAGCUUCCUUCGGUCAACACCAAGGAUGGUACUGGAAAAACGGAUCUGCCCGACGAAGGAGAUUUGAACGCACAAUACCAGCGAGAACUUGCUGUCUUUGCGCAGAAGCAUGUUGAAGUCAAGACUACUCCUACUCCCAGCCAACUUCAGGAGAAGCAAAUGGACUACUACAGAGGUGUUCGUACUGGCGUCGUGCUCAUCUGGAUGGUGUCAAACUUUGGUCUGGCGGCGCUUGUUCUGAGCUCUGCAGGUCUGGAUCGAAUCAGCCCGAACAAGGAUAAGGACCAUGAAGCGGAACAGCUGAGCCGAUCCAACAUCUACAUGUCUAUCGUCCUUUGGAGUGUGGCAGGUCUGAGCGCGUUCAAGUUUAUCGGUGCGAUGUGGUUCUUGGUGGUGCGCAUGUUCCGAGGUGUCUAAGCUGAGAGGCGCAGCGCAACUUAGCUCGAACUUUUGGCGUGCAGGGAACGAGAAAGUUCGUUUAGCUUUCACAUUAUACCCAUUUAUGACGAGGAGCCCCUGGGGAUUGAGGGACUCGAUGUUGUUGAAUAACGUACGUGUAUGUAAACAAACUUUGAUGUUGGUCAUGUCAUGAUGUUUUGACUCGGCUGCGGAGGAUACGAUACAUACCAGGAAGGCGUUUGGUUUGCUUAGGCUAGGUUUAUAUCCUUAGAUGUGCACAUACGAGGAUGAAUUUUACGUUAACUACGCUCUAUACCAUUUAGUCUUUAUUUUCUCG